AUGGAUUCUGAUCACAAAGAAAUAACUCAGGUACUUGUUCCCGACCCCAUAGUUGAACCAGACCAACCCACUAAGAUGCCAACUCCGCCGGAGUCUUUGGAGCAACACCCUGAAGUUGUGCCAUUGAAUAAUCACAUCUGUGAUAUUUGCUUCAAGGGAUUUCCGUCCGGCCAAGCCCUGGGAGGUCACAAGAGUAUGCACUUUCGCAAGAGCCAGGCAAUCACUGGUUCUACUGCUAGUAGUAGCAGUGAUCCUUUUUGUUGUCUCGUUUGCACCGAGAACUUCGACUCCAAGAAGGCGCUGACAGAACACCUCAAGUGUCACACAGUGCAUGACAGCAGCAACUCUUGUUCUACUGUCUCUGAUGAGACUAUGUUUGAUGAUGAUCAUGGGGUUGAUUCAGGUCCGGGGUUCGACUUGGCCUUGGCUCUACCUGCAGGUUGGCCUCGCAAUGGAAAGAGGAAGAGGUCAGCAUUCUCUGAUUGUUCUGGCUCUGAUGAAACUGCUGUCAACUCGGGGUUGGAUUCGAGUCCCGAAUCGGAGUUUAUAGCUUUGGAUGGGAAAUUUGAAGCGGGGGGCUUCAGUGGUCUUGUGCUGUUGGCUGAGGUGUGUGCUGAGGAGGCUAGCGGCAGACCUUUGGUUGAUGAUGAGAUCGAAAUCAAGUAUGAGGCAAGUAAAUACAAGAGGAGGCGGCUGAAUGAUGCAUUUGAUCAGUUGGAUUACAAUUGCAACAAUGACGUUGAUGUCUUCAAGUGCAAGCAAUGUGAUAAAAUGUUCACAAGUCCCCAAGCUCUAGGAGGUCACAUGACAGGCCAUAACCGUCCCAAGAUCAGCUCCGCGGAGCAAGGUCAUGACCAAUUUAAGUCUGAAGAAGAUAACAAUGAACAACGUUCUCAUCCUCGUCCGGUGGUUAAUACAUACAGCCGCAGUAAGUGUGCAAAAACAUUCUCAAGUGACCGAGCCUUGGGAGGGCACAUGUCAAGCCAGUGCAAACAUCUGAACAACUCGGCAGAUGAAAAUGUUGUUAAAGAUGAUCCUGCUGAGCCUCGCCAAGUUGAAAUGCACAGUUGUCCUAGAUGCAAUAAAUCAUUCACAAGCUUCCGUGCUUUGGGAGGGCACGUAUCAAGCCAUACAAAGUACGAGCACAACAAUAAUAUGGAUCGAUAUCAAUCGAAUUCUGCAGAUGUAUCAGCUGGUAAUGCUGAAGAUAAUAAGAACGAACGCCGUUCACUCUAUCAAACAUUGCCUCACGAAUGCGAAAUAUGUCACUUGAGUUUUCCAACAGGUCAGGCGUUGGGGGGUCAUAAGAGGAAACAUUAUAAAGGCCCAACUGAUGAAGCUCCAGCUAAAUCGAAUCAGCAGAGUAGUGCUCGUAGACACCUCGAAGUUGACCUCAAUGAGAUUCCAACUCUGGAGGAUGAAGAUGGAAUAUAUGAGCCAAUUAGUCAGUAG